AUGGGGUCAGGCAUUACACUUUUACAUAUACUAAUUGCCAUGAUUAAUGUGUACCCUGCCAAAGAGACUACAUGCAGAGUGCUUGGUAAUCCAGAUGACCCACAGCUAUGGAAGGAUGGUGAUAUCUUAAUUGGAGGAAUUUUCCCUUUUCAUAAAUGGCAGAUUAUGGACUCAUCCUAUUCGGCCAUGCCAUCCCCAAUGAAGUGCAUGAGCCUAGAAUUCAGAGCCUUUCAAUAUUCACAGUCCCUGAUCUUUGCAAUAGAGGAAAUCAACAACAGCUCAUCUUUACUGCCUGGAGUUUCACUGGGCUACAAGAUCUAUGAUACCUGUGGUUCUGCAUCACUGGGGGUGAAAGUAGCUCUAACACUUGUGAAUGGAAAUGAGAAUGCAACCUCAGAGCAGAAUUGCACAAAGCCAGCACAGGUGCAAGGUAUAAUAGGAGAGACAUAUUCAUCAGUGUCCAUGGCUAUAGCCAAAAGCAUGGGACCUUUCAGCAUUCCCUUAAUAAGUUAUUAUGCAACCUGCGAGUGUCUUAGUGACAAGAGGAAAUAUCCUUCAUUUUUACGCACUAUUCCCAGUGAUUAUUACCAGACUUUAGCACUUGCAGAGAUGGUCAAACACUUUGGCUGGACAUGGGUGGGAGCAAUAAGAAGAGAUGAUGACUAUGGUAAUAAUGGGAUGGCUGCAUUUAUGAAAAUUGCAGAGAAGCUUGGCAUAUGCUUAGAAUAUUCGCUUCCAUUUUUUUUGUCCUAUCCAGAAGAAAAAAUUUUAAGGAUUGUUGAGCAAAUAAAAAGUUCAACUUCUCGAGUAAUACUGGCAUUUGUCACUCGCUGGGACCUGGAAAUGUUGCUUAAUGUAUUUACUGAAUACAACAUCACUGGAUAUCAGUGGGUGGGAACUGAAGGAUGGAUUUCUGAUCCAGUGGCAGCCACACUGGAUAAGUUCAACAUACUACAAGGAGCCAUUGGGCUAGCUAUUCCCAAAACAACAGUAACAGGCCUAAAGGACUUCAUUCUGGAUGUAAAACCACUAAAAUCAGUAGGCAAUGCUCUUUUCACAAAACUCUGGGAGGCUUUGUUUACUUGUACAUAUAGAUGGCAAAAUAACUCUGGGGAUAUACCAAUGUGCACAGGUGAAGAGAAACUGUCUGAAGUGAAAAACAGUUUCACUGAUAUGUCGAUGAUGCCGAUUUUCAAUAAUGUCUAUAAAGGAGUAUAUGCCAUUGCUCAUACAUUACACAAACUUCUUGGCUGCAAGCAAACAUGUUUUACAAAGAAGCAGCCUGAUCCCGUCAUAUUUCUAGAACACCUAAAAAAAGUCAGUUUUAAGACAAAAGAAGGUGAACAUGUUUACUUUGAUGAAAAUGGUGAUCCUCCUGCAAAGUAUGAAAUAAUAAACUGGCAAAAAACUAAAGAACACCAGUAUGAAUUUGUCACUGUUGGACUUUAUGACUCCUCAGUUUCUGUUCAGAAGCGAUUAACUGUAAAUAUGCCCUUGAUUAUCUGGGCACAAAAUAGAAAUGAAGUGCCAAAAUCUGUAUGUAGUGAAACUUGCCUGUCUGGUACAAGAAAAGCUGUGCAGAAAAGAAAACCCAUCUGCUGCUUUGACUGCAUAUCAUGUGCUGCUGGAGAGAUCAGUAAUAUGUCAGACUCAGUUGAAUGUACGCAAUGCCAGCAGGAUUAUUGGUCAAAUGCAGAGAAGAAUAAAUGCGUGAAAAAGGAAAUUGAAUAUUUGUCCUAUGAGGAAACUAUGGGAAUUUUGUUAACAGUGGUUUCUUUUGUUGGCUCAUUUAUGACAAUACUAACAGCAAUCACAUUUUUCAAAUAUAAAAACACACCCAUAGUGAAAGCCAACAACUCUGAACUAAGCUUUUUGCUCCUCUUCUCUCUGACUCUGUGUUUCCUUUGUUCACUUACUUUUAUUGGCCAGCCCUCUGAGUGGUCCUGUAUGCUGCGCCACACAGCAUUUGGAAUUACAUUUGUCCUUUGCAUCUCUUGCGUACUGGGAAAAACAAUAGUGGUGUUAAUGGCAUUCAGGUCUACACUUCCUGGGAGCAAUGUCAUGAAAUGGUUUGGGCCUCCACAACAGAGACUCAGCGUUCUUGUCUUCACUCUAAUACAGGUUCUCAUUUGUGUGCUUUGGUUGAUAAUAUCCCCUCCUUUCCCCUUUAAAAAUCUAAAUCACUACAAGGAAAAAAUUAUUCUUGAAUGCAAUUUAGGCUCAAAUUUGGGUUUCUGGGCUGUGCUGGGUUAUAUCGGAUUUUUAGCACUUUUGUGUUUUAUUUUAGCUUUUCUCGCUAGAAAGCUUCCAGAUAAUUUCAAUGAAGCUAAAUUUAUUACAUUCAGCAUGGUGAUGUUUUGUGCAGUUUGGAUUACUUUUAUUCCAGCAUAUGUAAGCUCACCUGGUAAAUUUACUGUGGCUGUGGAGAUAUUUGCUAUUUUAGCAUCAAGUUUUGGUUUGUUAUUUUGUAUUUUUUUGCCAAAGUGUUACAUAAUCAUCCUGAAGCCAGAGAAGAACACCAAAAAGCAAAUCAUGGGAAAGGUUCCAGUUCAAUAA